AUGGACGAACCACAAAAGGCAAUCACACCAACAGACGACGCUUCAACUCCCGCCGAAUCGUCGAGGAUCUCGCCGAAGCUGAUAACGGCAGGUGAUCGGAAAUUACUCAAGGUGGAGCUAAGAGAAGGGGACACGACGUACGUGUCUUGGAAGAAGCUUAUGAAGGAAGCUAGCAAAGGGAUUGAGUCGUCGGAUUCUGGGCUUCACCCGCCUCCUAAUGCUAACCCUAAUCUCGAGUCUCGCAUUGCACCUGGGAUACCAGCAGAGGGUGAAAAAGCCGAGCAACCUCAUUCUAAUCGUUUCAACGCUGUUAUAGAGAAGAUCGAGAGGCUCUACAUGGGGAGAGAUAGUAGUGAUGGGGAAGAGUUAGAUGGUGCUCCGGACGAUGACGAGUAUGACACUGAAGAUUCAUUCAUUGAUGACGUUGAAUUGGAUGAGUAUUUUGAAGUUGAUGAUGCGAAAAUUAAACAUGAUGGAUUUUUUGUCAACAGUGGAAAGUUAGAGCUGAUUGAACCGUCGACAACUACAGCAUCUACCCAGAAACCGAAGAAAAGGCAAAGGAAAGAGUCAGCAAAACCUUGUGGCGAUGUUGUUGAUGUAUCCAGAAAACAAGCCAAGAUUGCUAAGACGGCUGGAGGAAAGGAUCAAGCAGCUGCCUCUGGGCCUUCUCCGAAGAAAAAGUGCAAUGAUUCAGUUUCUCCACUGAACCCGCAAAGUGGCAAUGACUCCUUAGUUUUGGAAAAUGGGAAGCAUAGUGAUAAAGUGAACUAUCAGCCAAGGAACUCCACAAGUCCGAAGUCAAAGGCAGCUGAAUCUUCUGGCGCUGUUCUUCUGAAGUGCAGCAACAAAGGUGCUCAUCAGCAACAAUCUAAUUCCCAGAAAGAAAAAUCUCGGCCAAAUGGUUUGGCUAAAUCAACAGUAGACCGUCAGGAAGAAAGCAAUGGCACGCAUGACCUGGACAAUGCAGCAGGAAGCAGUAAAUCUAUUCAAAUAACAAAUAAAAUUGGUUCUAGUGUCAGGCCUAAGACAUCCUCGUCACUCGAGAAAGCCUUCAAAGAAUUGGAGAAGGUGGUCGCUGAAUCAAGGCCUCCUGCUCCCACUGAGAAUCAAGAUGCUGACACCACAUCCCAAGCAGUGAAGAGGAGAUUGCCAGGAGAUGUAAAAUCGAAGAUUGCUAAAGUUGCUAGGAUUGCGCAGGCGAGCCAGGGGAAUGUAUCAGGAGAGUUGAUCAAUCGUCUCAUGAGCAUUGUUGGUCAUCUAAUACAAGUUAGAUCGCUGAAGAGGAACUUGAAAAUCAUGAUUGAUUCUGGAGACUCUGCAAAUCGAGAAAAGGAUAUUAGAUUUCAACGUAUCAAGGAUGAAGUUAUUGAGAUGUUAAGAACACAAGUUCCGUUGAUGGAUUCCCAGGCAACUAAUCAAGAAGCUGGAACAUCAGACGAUUUUCAGGAUGCUGAAAAGCCACCUGCGAAGAAGAAAUCCGUCAUGGAUGCGGCGCUGGAGGACAAAUUGUGUGACCUAUAUGACAUCUUCGUUGAUGGGUUGGAUGAAGAUGCAGGUCCACAGAUCAGAAAGCUUUACGCAAAUUUAGCUGAACUCUGGCCAAAGAGGUUGAUGGACAACCAUGGAAUCAAGCGUGCUAUUUGCCGGGCAAAGGAAAGGCGGAGAGCAUUGAAUGGAGAUCUUGGGAAGGAGAUGGAUCAAGGGAAGAUGACGAAGAGGAAACAGACACAAGUGGUACCAAAACCAGAGGGUAAUGCUUCUCAUCCCGACAAGGCUUCAAGUAGUGGAGACAAAACAACAGGUGUUGUUGUCCCACGCGCAACAACGACGUCCACAGUCCAAAUUACAGUGGACUUGUCGCGUGACAAGUCAAAGCAGCAACAUGAGAAACGAAAGGGAGCCUCAAGCUCAACAGAAGCAAAGGCAGGCAGGAGAAAGACAGAGAAGAUAGUAGAAGAAUCUCACUUACCCACAGAGAAACAUCUUGUUCUGCCACCAAAGCAGCAGACACAAACACAGGCUCCACCGGACCUGAACCUGCCAAGUUAA